UUAUUCUGUGGGCGGGGCUUGUUUGUAACGCCUCUGGGCCUCAGCCUCAAUCAUUCCCGAGCGGAUUGUUUGUUGUCAAAAUGGAGUUCUUACUUGGAAAUCCCUACAGCACUCCCGUCGGCCAAUGCAUAGAAAGGGCCACAGAUGGGGGCCUACAGAAUGAGGACUGGACCCUCAACAUGGAGAUCUGUGAUAUAGUAAACGAGACGGACGAGGGGCCAAAAGAUGCCAUGCGGGCACUGAAGAAGAGACUUGGUGGCAACAAGAACUACAGAGAAGUGAUGCUGGCACUAACAGUAUUGGAGACAUGUGUAAAGAACUGCGGUCACAGGUUUCAUAUCCAAGUGGCCAACAGAGAUUUCAUCGAUGGUGUGUUGGUCAAAAUCAUCUCCCCCAAGAACAAUCCUCCAACCAUCAUACAAGACAAAGUGCUGUCGCUCAUACAGGCCUGGGCUGAUGCCUUCAGGAGUAGCCCCGACCUAACUGGUGUGGUACACAUUUAUGAGGAACUGAAGAGGAAAGGCAUUGAGUUUCCAAUGGCAGACCUGGAUGCAUUGUCUCCCAUCCACACACCACAGAGGGUUACACCAGAGGUGGACCCAGCCAUGAUCAAGUACCUAGCCCCUGGCUCACCUGCAGCUGGGUGUCCUAAACCUACCCUGACCCCAACCUUGACCCCAACCCUGACCCCAACCCUGACCCCUGCCUCUGCCACACCGGUCUCCCAAAUGCCCAGCCCCAUCACAGCAACCCCUGAACAGAUCGCCCGGCUGCGCAGUGAGCUGGACGUAGUGAGAGGAAACACCAAAGUGAUGUCAGAGAUGCUAACGGAGAUGGUCCCUGGGCAGGAAGAUGCCUCUGACCUGGAACUGCUUCAGGAGCUGAACAGAACAUGCAGGGCUAUGCAGCAGAGAGUGGUUGAGCUGAUUUCGCGCGUCUCUAACGAAGAAGUGACAGAGGAACUGCUACAUGUCAACGACGACCUAAACAACAUUUUCCUCCGAUAUGAGAGGUACGAGAGGUACAGGUCGGGUAGAGCAGCACAGAACAAAGGGCUGAUGGAGAUGUUGAAUGAGGCCACAGAGGACAACCUGAUAGACCUGGGCCCGGGCUCCCCUGCUGUGGUCUCGCCCAGGAUCAGCUCCAGCCCUCCAGUCCACUUCCCCGCAGGGGCCACUGCCUCGCCAGCCCACAACCCCACUACAGCCUCGCUAUCAUCUGCACUAGCUGUUAUUGAUGUAGCUUCAGACAGCGCGAGCGGUACUCUGUCCUCUGUACCAGGCCGCAACCAGGAUGACUUUGACAUGUUUGCCCAGACCAGGACCAGCUCUCUGGCUGAUCAGCGCAAAAAUGUAAAGUACGAGGACCCUCAGACUCUGGGCGGCCUGGCCUCAGCUUUGGAUGUGAGACAACAGAACACAGGAGGGCUGAGGGUAAAAGGGGAUGAUAACCCAGCAGAUCAGGAGCUGCCCAUAGACAGCUGGCUUAUUACCCAAGGAAUGAUCCCCGUAUCGCAGUCCUCUGUCAUGGAUGACAUAGAGGAGUGGCUCUGUGCUGACGUGAAAGGGGAUGGUGCUGAGGAAGGGGUGACUAGUGAAGAAUUUGAUAAGUUCCUGGAGGAGCGCGCAAAGGCAACAGACUCUCUGCCAUCUCCGCCUGGAGCUAACCCGGCUCACCCUGCUCGUGCCCCUGGUGGCUCCCACAAGAAGGCUGAGCGGACGGAGGAUGCCCUCUUUGCCUUGUAGACUGUUCUCAGAGAACCUACACCGCUCUCUUGGGAAAUUUUAAGGUCCUUGCUGUAAAUGAUUCCCCCCAAAUCCCUCCAGUCCCAUUUCAUUGUUGACCGCCAGGGGUGUAGCCAGUGACAUUCACCUUGUCAUUCUCUCGCCACAGUGUUGGUCUAACAUGCAGAGGUCUAACGUGUUUACUGCGCACAACUGUGUUGGUUUUUACUAUGUAUGGAUGUAUUAAUCUCUUAGUGUGGGAUUUACUUCUUGCAGUCCUGCAUCUCAUUUGUAAUGCUUCACCAAAGGAAGACAACCUAACGCGUCUGAUGUGCUUUGAAAAUGUGGUAUAUUACUGCAAGAUUAAGAGAAAACGUUCACUGCAGGUCCAUCUAUUGAGUCAGUAUGGAAGCAUACAAUUAGGAUCAUAUUGUGUUGCUUUACUACGUUCAGCUAAUUGCUAAUUUGUGCAUUUAUCGUUUUAAUGGUUUGUUCUGUAAUAUGUACUAGUGUUGUGGUUACGGUCGAUCCAUGCAAUUUUUCUUUUAUUUACAAAUACUCCAGUUAGAGCUGUAGUCAUGCUUUUAAUACUGGUGUGGAAUGGAAUAUGUUUUAUUAUCCAAGUUACCAAAAGCAGUGUGGAAAAAAGACUCCUGUUAGUAGGCAAAUGAACUAACUAGGAAUAUAGUAGUUAAAGCAAAGCUACGAUUGACACGUGUAUGCAAGCAUUGCUUUAACCAAAGGGAAUAAAAAGUGAAAUAUCUAAAAAGCACUAGUUAGGAUUCUCUGUUAUGUAUUUGAAAUGGCUAAGGGGAAGGAUUGUGCCCAUGGAAUAUUACGCAUUAGUCUUUUUCACUCCUCUGAAAAGCUACGACAAAUUUGAUUCUCUUGAACAACUGCAAACACUUUUAGCCAUUCCAAAGACUAUUAAGGCUUUAAUGACCAACUAGCCCUGAACUACCGGUCGAACAAUAAUCAUGUUCAUGUGUUAUGACUUUUAAGGGAUCAUGAACAUUUUCCUUCCCCUUCUAUAUUAAUGACUGUGCACUUUGAAGCAGAAACAAAUGUUUAUUUUGUCCUUUGUGUUUACAAGAUGGUUACUAUUUUUUCUAGGGGAUGGGAAAAUGUAUUUAGAUUGACUUCAUCUUGCACAUACAUUUUGUAAUUUUAGCGCGUGUUCACAUAGAAGUGGAUUGACGGACAGUUGAAUUUAUAAUUGCUUUUAAGAAUUAUAAAAAUGACAUAGAGAUGUAAAACAGAUUAGGGCAUUUAAAUUAUCAGAAUGAACUAGCGCGCAGGCUCCUUAAUAAACUAGCAGACAAAACAUAUAGCUAACAAUAUUGCACUGUUGUAAAGGAUAUAUUCUUAUAGGUAGAUCUUAAUUUACUCUAAUCUAUGUAAUCUAUAUACCUCAAAAUACAGGAAUUUUAGUUUCUGUGUUUGGUUAAAAAUGUAUUGGCUCAUAGUAAUAUCCACAAUGCAGACAUGUUUAUGUAUCAUUUGAUCCCCUGAUUGUAUUUUUAUAGUUCAUGUAAAAAA